CCCCUGCUGCUGUCAACAUGGCCGCAUUGGUUUGUGCCAGAAUCCUCCUUCAGAAAUCAUGGCAGAGGUUAAUCCUCUCUCCCAGAAAGACAUCGGCGCUUCCCAGUCCAUUUUUGUCCCGGGGUCACCGUUUGGGCCCGAGUGAUGAUGAGAUAUACCAGCGUACCUCAGUGUCAAUGAUGAAGAAGGAGCCCGGCAGCGGCAUCAUGAUCCUCAGCUACAGUCCCCACGGAUUCAACAUUGAUGGCAACAAAGUGUUCGGGCCCUGUGCAGUGCUACCCCCUGCCAUCCUGCAAUGGAAGGUUGGGAGUUUUAAAGACAUCACAGAAGAAAGUGUGUCACUUUUCCACAUGCUUGUACCAAAAAUAGAGAUUCUGGUGCUGGGCACGGGGGCACGGCUUGAACGCAUUCAUCCACCAGUCCUGGCGCUUUUCAGGAGCAAACACAUCGCCGUGGAGGUGCAAGACACGCCAAACGCAUGUGCAACAUUCAACUUCCUGAUGAGUGAGCGACGAGUAGUGGCCGCUGGUCUGAUCCCUCCGUCCGUCAGCACGGCGUUGAAGAUGCUGGACGAGGAGGAGUAGGCGACAUGAACCACAAACCAGGACUGUUUCCAGCAACGAGAGAGCGAGAGCUUCAGUCUGAGAGACUUUUCUCUCACCGAGAUCCUAAAUGACAACCGUCCGCUCAGAUAUACACUGGGUUUUUUUAUAACCUCAGUGAACUAGACAUAACAAGCUGUACUGUCGCUGCAAAGACACCCGUGUGACUUCCCUCCUGUAAAUAAACUGUUACCUAUAUGGCUAAAUUAUAUAUUUAAACUAUUUAUGUGUGCUGAUUAUUAUUUAUUUUGUGUGUUAGAGGUUUAUAGUGUGCUUAGAUAAUAGACCAAAAUGAGAAUGGACACAAUUUCCACUGCUACACAAAAGAAGAAAGCUGUUCAGUAGGCUAAAAGGCUUUUGCAUGUAAAAAAAUAAGGGUCCACUACACCUUUCCACCUCACUCGUUUAUGUCCUUCACAUGCUUAAGCCUCUUAUACGUGUGUCCUGCAGCACCACCGUGUGUGUGUAGCAUAUGACAUAAUUCAGUGGCUUUGUCCUUGUCGCACGUAAGCUCCAACACAAUCCAUAAAUCCACCGCAUUCAUCUCUCAUCAACCCGGGCCUUCGCGCAGAGCGCCCAUGUUGGCAUGAAGCCUUAAAUCCCUGCUGUGGAAUUGCACCUAUUGCAACCACUAAAAAAAG